AUGUUGCUGUUGUUUUUACUUUUCACAUACGCUUUUGCAGCGGCGAAUGUUACCGGAGUAAUCGACGUUAAUGAUCAGAAAUUAGUAUUUCGUAAGUGUUGUGCGAGAUAUCAAAAUUUAGUUAAAGUGAGUGAAACAAAUAAGACUACAAGUGAACACUAUAUAUGUAUGGAUAGUGAUAAAUUAGAAAAAAACUAUAACGUUUUCAGUAAUACACUAUACGUUAGUAGCGGUAUCGUAGUGAAAGAAGGUUUUCCAACUGAAUGUAGUGACUUGCAAAUGGUACAAAUUAAUAAAACUGAAGCUGAGAUUUUUUCAAACCAAGAUGAUUGUUACGACAGAUUAGUAGCUGAAAUUGUAGAUGGCACUCUUAUACAAAGCAUUCCAAACAUUGUAGCUAUAGCUUGUAACCGCAGUGAUGUAGAAAUAGUGUAUGAUAAUAAAUUAAGAAUACAUAAAAUACACAAAUGUUGCCCGAAAGGACAAAGUUAUGACACAGAAUAUCAUCAGUGUAUUCGUAAAACAACAGUUGGGCCAGACGAUAAUGACUGGUUAGCACAAUUAAAAAUAAACUUUGGUGAUAUAUUUAAAAUAGAAUAUGACUUCCUAUGUAAUGCAAAUGAAUCAGCUGUUGAAUUACAUGAAAGAGCGUAUCACUUAUCCAUAGAAGGAGACACAUUGUUUGCUUUAAGUAGAAAUGGAGAAAAAUAUGGACGAUCGAUGUCAGGAAAGUGGUGUAUAGAUCAAGAAUAUAAUCAUCAGGGACUAGUAGCCCAAGUUUGUACUCAAAAUUGUGAUACCUUUAGUGCAUUUUGUGUUAGAAAAUGUUGCCCACUCGGCCAACAUUACAAACUUAGAAAAUGCGGUACCUACAUCAGUACUUGUGUUCCCAACGAUGAUGAAGAUGUAAGAUUUAAUAUUUCUACAUACUUAGACCCAUUAAAGAAGUAUGAUAAAAAUCUAUUAGACGUAAUGGGUGUACGCAUUGGUUUAUUGGAAUGCACUCGUGGAAGAUACGGUCUUAACUCAUCUUUGAUGUUAGACCAGCAUAAUCUAACUACAGACGCACGUCUACAGACCCGUACUACACUAACAAACAACUAUUGUGUGGAGGUGUUCGACCGUCGGGAUUGCCCAACAAAUGACAUCAUCGUUAAUGGCGUUCUUUGCUUCGUACCUCCAAAAGAGAUCAAAAACUAUUACAUUUCUUUUAUAAUCAUCACUAUUUCGUGUAUCUGCCUGGUGUUGACUUUAUUCGUUUACUGCGUUUUACCGGAGCUGAGAAACUUACAUGGGCGUACACUCAUUUGUCACGUUAGCAUGAUGCUGCUAGCUUGCACCUGCCUCGCGAGGGUACAGCACAGUCAGGUUCAUGAUGAACGUAUAUGCACAUUUCUUGGGUACGCCAUAUACUUUGGUUUCGUAGCGGCGUUUGCUUGGCUCAACGUCAUGUGCUUCGACAUCUGGUGGACAUUUGGGAGUAUGCGCACUGUGAAGCCUCUUCGUAAAACUGCGUCAGAGUGUCGUCGAUUCAUCUGGUACUCUUUAUAUGCAUGGAGCUUUACGAUACUGUUGACAUUGACAAUGUUCUUUUUUGAUCGGUAUCCUGUCGCUACAGUUUUGGACGCCAAUAUAGGAAACGGCAUUUGUUGGUUUGGUGCAGUACAAAACACACAAGAAGAUUGGCCGCAUUAUAUAUUUUUCGUUAUACCGAUGGGGAUAGUGACAUGUAUUAACUUCAUCCUGUGGCUCCUCACGGCUCGUCAUUGCGCUCAAGUAAAGUCUGAAGUUCAUCGGUUACAAGCUGGUUCCGUAGGAGAUCGGGCCAAACGUAGAUUUAGAAUUGAUAGAGCGAAGUAUAUCCUUACGGGAAAGCUAUGGGUAGUGAUGGGCGCAGGAUGGGGAUCAGAACUCCUUUCUACCAUCGUGUCCCAGCCACUAUGGUUAUGGAAUAUCGUCGACCUCUUCAAUGAAUUACAAGGCGUGUUCAUAUUUAUCAUAUUAGUGGUGAAACCAAAAGUUUACUAUCUCAUCAGAAAACGACUCGGUUUAACUCGGACAGCAACUGAAACAAGGCUCGAGAAACCGGGUGCGCAGAACAACGCCACGUCAUCUUCAAGUCGAACAUCAUCCACAUUUUUGUCAAGAACCAUUAGUUCAGAUGAACGUACUAAUCUACGUAUAUCGUUACCUAAUAAACAGUGU